AUGUUCUACUACUGCUGCUGUCGCCAGCAGUUUGUGGUGAUCCUCGUCUGCCUGCUCUACAUCCUGCUCGUGCUCGCCUUCUUCGUCAAUGUCUUCAUCGCGGAUCGCAACAUGCACGCGAAUCUGAUGAUGAGGAACGGCCGGCACGGUGUCCAUGGCGGAGGUGUUGGAGUCGGAGUCCCUCCGCCGGCAGGCAUGCAUCCGGGUCACCACAAUCCGUACGACAUGCAUGGCUAUAACCACUACAGCAACUACCAUCCGCAAGUGGAUCCCAAGCAGCAGCAGGACAUGGCCAAGAAGACGCCACAGCAGCAGGCCGAGCAGGACAUUUACUACUAUUUCAAUCACGUAUUCAGGAGGCGACGGCGAUGAUGGGGUUCACUCUCACCCCACCAAUCAACAACACCCAAAAUCUAAAUCUUUAGUGCAUUAACUUAUACUACAUCCCCCCCCAUACAUAGUUAUAUAUAUAAAUACUAUAUAUAGACAA